AGUAUAUGCACCAUGUUUAACGACAACAACAAAAAAAGCUAUGUUUUCAUUAAAAAAGUUGUGUGAACUGUUUUAUAUUUGCAACUCCAACUUUGAAUUGCAAGAUAUCUAAUCACCAAAGCAAAUAAUCAUGACAGAUUGUACCGUCAUUAAUAUUGAAACAAACAGCCUCAAACUUCCCCCACUAGUGGCUGGAAUUGGUGGCGCCAUCGCUGGAAUAUUUGGUUUGAUCGUCGGCUUCCUCUUUAUCAAGUGUUUCUGUAUGGAUGUUUUGAAAAGAAAGUUUAAAAUCAAUAAAAGUAACUUUGAACUUACGCAACUGGAUAAUGAGACAAAUGGUGGCCACAAUAAUAUGUUAUAUGAUGACAACAAUGAUGGUUAUGAUGUCACAGAUGCACCUGUUGUAGAUAAAGAUGAAUUACAAACUCGUUUGUUCAUAUCUGACCAACGUGAAUUGGAACAUAAUCAGAAUACAACAAGUAAAUUUAUGUCGAAAAGUUUGGUUGAUGUUUUAUGUUGUUCCACGAGUGACGAGAUGGUUUUGAAAUUGUUUGAACGAAAGUUAAUCGAGUUGCGAAUGCUAGCAACAGAUAUGUGGGUGAUGAAACAUACUUGCUUGAUGAAGGUAUUUCAAGUUGUAUUGGAUCAAUAUUUAGUUGCUGGUAGUUUGAAUGUUAAACAACAUGCUCACAUUCUUACAACAGUGCAGCAGAAAUUUUCCUCUUCUUUAGUCAAGUUUCGAAACAAAGUAAAUGAAAAUGAAAUUGAACUCGAUGAAGUUGAUUUGAUGUUGAAUGAUGUUUCAAAUCAACAUGUUGAAACUAUGGUUAGCGAAUACAGAUCAUCUUAUGUUUCAUUCAUUGAACAACUGGUUGAAUAUAUCCAUGAUGAUGGUGAAUGUAAAGAUGUCACACAUGGUUUGGACAAGUCACUUCUUAUGGUGGAGCUGCAUGUUAACCGAUGGUUGGAGCAUAAACUUAAGGAAUGGACGGACAGAAGUCGACAUGAUUUACUUCUUAUGUUCACUUACUUUAACUCAAAGCAAACUACAAGUGAUUUGUUCAGAGUUCGAUGCGAUUAUUACAAAUCGCUGAUUCAGCGUUUAUCGGAAAUCAGCAGAAUAUCGGAGCAUGACACGGGGAUAUUAUGGGUGAAAACACGAGACAACAUGGAGACUGUGGUGGACGAGGUGGAACAAGGCUUCCAAACAGCAAGAGAAAGAUUAGAAAUAAGUUCCAGAGAUCACUGGGACCAGAUUGUUUUAAAGUUCAACAUAAGGAAAAAUAAACUUUUACGAAACUACCUUGUUAAAAGUGAAAAGAAAAAUAUUUCAUCUUUUAUUGAGGGUUACUUUGAUAUUUGCUUCCAACUUCUUGAUGAGGAAACGAAAAUAAUCGAGGAAUCGAAUCAACAGGAAGUUGUGGAACUUGCUGAAUUACAAAAGAGACGAGGAUUAUUAUUUGAGUCCCGGUGCAAGGAAGAGGAGACAAAGAUGUGGAGGAUGAUUGAAACAUCGGGAGGAUUGAAUGAAGAAGAGGUUCAUCUCGCUUCCAAGGAAAUGGAUGGAAAGAUGAAGAAAGCUGAGUAUGACAUCACACAGAAGAACAAACGCCAAACAAAGGUGUUCGACGAUCAACUUUCAAUGUUGGGGAGUUUAUCAACGGUCGAUGCAGCUCAUAGAAAUCAUAUUUCAAAGUUCUUCACGAUGCAAAUCUACCUUACACCUGAAGAUGAGAAGCUCAUCAUGAAAGAUCACGAACUUAUGAUAAAGAUGAUGGGAUCAUCAUGUGAUGUUUAUCAUAGAUGCAUCAUGACGAUCAUGGAUGCGAGGUUGAUCCGAACACAAGUGAUACAUCUGUGUCAUGGGAGGCAGGAGGAGAUCAAUGAAGAGCAGAGGGUGAAAUCACUGGCUGCCAUUGGAAAUGAACAUUUAGACAAGUUUAGACAUUUGUACGACACAGAACAUGCUACUGCAUCUCAUUUACUGCAUAUCCUAGUGGUGGAAAAAGUGUCGGAAAAGCUUGUAUUGAAUUUAAAACAUGAAAUAUCAGCGAUGUUGAAACUGGAAGAACAGAACAAUUAUUUACAAAUUUCCAUUGUUCAAAAAGUUGUAGAACUCGGACAAUUAGAUUCCGAUGUUAUCCGCAAUCUGCUCGAACGACACCAGAUCGAAGUCAUUGAUGUGGAACAACAAUUACGACAAGAACAUGAGAUUUCUAUGCAGUUAUUACAAGAACGAAUAGAAGCACAACACGAAAUAGAAACCAAGAAAUUUGAUCAAGUGUCUAAGAACACGAGAAACCCAGCUCUCUUGCGACACCGAGGGGAUGAUUUAUCUGUGGGGAACAUACUUGAUAAGUUGUUGAAGCAAACUCGUGUCGAGAGAAUGAAAGAAACAAAGCAGGAGGAAUGGGAGAAAGAGAAGUUCGUGGAAAUAUUUCUCCAGAAAAUUAAAUUUGUUGAAAAACUCGGAUUUCAACUUUGGAACCUGAACAAAUUAUUCCUGUGUAAAAUGGCGCAAAUGUCUAAGAUGAAACAGAAAACUUUUCUACUUUGUGUGAAGGAUGCUCUUGCUUGCUGUUCAACCUCUGAAUUUGAAACCAGGAAGUUGGUUUCCGAAUUUUCCCGCCACUGGGAGACCUCUGGUGGUAAGAAUACAAAGAGACAAAAUAAAGCCGCGCGAUUGUCCGGUUUAAAUCCACGCCCACAAAAGCUUCGUCCAAUCAAAAAGCGGAAGAAAGCUUUCCUGAACCGAGUAUCAGCUCGUGAACAUCCGCAUGACAUAGAUAUAUAAUAAACAUUACGGAAAUUUGUUUAAUAUGUUGUUAGCAAGACAAAACAAGACACAUCUAGACCCUCUCGCUUCUCAUGGAUCUUAUUUUAAGAGGAGGAAAGAGAAGUCCGAGGACUUUUUGCAACGGAGGAAAAUUUUAAUCCCAAAGAAACCUCUUGAUCCGAUCCUACCGUUUCGAACUGGAGUCGGUGGUGCCUCCCAGAAGAUCCUUUACCUGGAGGAGAGAAGUCCGGAUGUAAGAGAUGCGAGGACAUCAUGGGAGGAUCUGAUCAGUGCAGUCCGGAGUUCAGUAUCAGCGAUCCGAAGAUCUGAAAGGCAGGAUCAAGUGAAGAAGAAAGAUAGCAGACCAAGGAAUGUUUCUUUUCUUCUACCGGACUUAAAUCCAUCAGAAAAUAACAAAGUCAUCCUGCCUACAAUUAAACCUUUAACAAAGAAAAAGCGAAUUUCUUCCACAGGUGUUGAUGUUACAAGAAGUGAUCAUUACCACAAUUCAAGACUUGAACCUUUAAACCAAGUUCUGAAACCAUGUUUUAAAACAUUGCCCGAACCAGACACCAAGCGUGCUGUGAACUGCCUUACUACUAAUAGACCUGUGCUAAAAUCUCACAGUUUAACAUCGAAAAUAAGAAAUAGAAACUUACAGAGAAAGACUGGAGUUAAUGUUUUGCCUGUGAGACGCAGGAACACUCAACAACAACAAACAGCUGUGGAGAGAGCAAGACUUGUACUUCUCGAAAAAAUGCGAUUUUCCCAACUUGCGCAAUAUGAUAGAACUACCAGACCACGACCGGUAUACUUACCUUCACUUGCCGCAGCUUGUAGCGAAGAGUUUGCGAUAACAAUGCGAAGAUUGCAACCUGGUAGGAGAUUCGUGUCAACACCUGAUGUUUUCAACCAUGUUUUACAAAGUAAUGAACCAACAGCUGGAACAACUGCUUUGCUGGAAUCUGUGCUAAGACCUCCAACAGCUACAAUGCUUAAUUAGAGUUGA